GGGCGUUUCCCUGCUGCUCUUACCUUUACACUUCAAGAUCUCACCUGCCUGUAAGGUUGAAACUCCACGGCUGUAAAAUCACUUUAUUUCCACGGGAGUGCCUGAAACUGAAACAACAUGGAGGGCCCCCCCGUCAGAGCGGGAUUCCAGCGGCUGGAGGUGCAGAAAACGACGUGGGACAUCCCGGAGAGAUACACGGCGCUGAGGCCCAUAGGCUCCGGAGCUUACGGGACUGUGUGCUCUGCCAUCGACCAGAAAACAAAGGAGAAGGUUGCCAUCAAGAAGCUGUACCGACCUUUCCAAUCACUCAUCCACACCAAACGUGCCUACAGGGAGCUCAGACUGCUACGACAUAUCCAGCAUGAAAAUGUGAUCUGCCUCCUGAACGUCUUCACGCCAGACUCCACACUGGAAAAAUUCCAAACCUUUUACAUGGUGAUGCCGUUUGUAGCUCAGGAUCUGGGCCACAUCAUGAAGAGGAGGAGGUUAACUGAUCGCAUUAUCACAUACCUGUUCUACCAGCUGCUCAGGGGGCUCAAGUAUAUUCAUUCUGCAGGAAUUAUCCAUCGGGAUCUGAAGCCUGGUAACCUUGCUGUAAAUGAGAACUGUGAAUUAAAGAUCCUGGAUUUUGGCCUGGCCAGACAAACAGAGAGUGAAAUGACGGGUUAUGUGGUGACACGCUGGUACAGAGCACCUGAGGUCAUUUUUAACUGGAUGCACUACAGUCAGACCGUGGAUGUGUGGUCGGCCGCCUGUAUCCUGGCUGAGAUGAUCACUGGACAGGUGCUUUUCCCCGGACAUGACAGUAUUGAUCAGCUAAAGAAAAUCCUCCGCCUCACAGGAACCCCAGACUUCUCUUUGGUUCAGAAGAUGCAGAGCAAAGAUGCACAGUCAUACGUGCUAGGUCUUCCCCCACAGAAGAAGAAAAACUUCAGGGAAGUCUUUCCAGACAUGGACAGAAACGCCGUGGACUUUCUGGAGGGGAUGUUACAGUUGGAUCCAGAGACGAGGCUGACAGCCAAGCAGGGGCUGGCACACCCGUUCCUGGCUGAGUAUUAUGACCCCGAGAGCGAGCCGGACUCGCCGCCGUACGACGACUCUUUUGAGAGCCUGGAGCUUGAUGUUGGAGAGUGGAAGAGUCUCAUCCACAUGGAGAUCAUGACCUUCGAUCCUGACAACCCCAGUCAGACAGCCAUGUAGGACGCCGGAUGUGCUGCUGCCUCCUGCUGUUGUCAUACUUAAACAUAUGGGUCAACGGUGCCGUAAAGCUAAUGGGAACAAAUAAUAAAAAACAAGUAAAUAUCCCAAAAGUUUAUGUUUAGUUGUAUAUAAUAUACUGCUGUUAAAGCCUUUUACUGGAAUGCAGCUUACUGAGUAUGGUGGCCUGUAUAGGACAAUAAAAAGUCUGUAGUCAUGUU